CAUGGUAUCUCUGAAAGUUUCAUGCCGAAAGGCUGUUUGCACGUUUAUGAAAUAUUAGGCUGUUCUGCAUCGUCUCCUACACGCAGUUUCUUUAGUGCCUUGGAACAGUCGCAGCGUUGCCCUCCCACCGACACCGUUCACAUCUAUCAGGUUGUUAUCUUUUAAGCGCUGUCCAGUCGAACAUAUGAACAAAUUUGGAAGGGAGGUAUCUAUGACAGCGUUGUUGCGGGUCGUGUGCGGGGUCGACAGACGCCCUCCAGAUGUCAGGCAAGGCUCCGCCAGCUCCACCGACAUCAACAAGAUCGUACGCGCAGAUUACACCACGCCGUUUUACAUGGACGUCGCAUACGAGGCCAUGGAUGCAUGGAAGACUUGGCUCGUUCUUCGGAACCCGAAUGGACAGUGGUUCUUCCAUCAGAGCGGCUGGGUCAUGCUCAGCGAUGAGGGGAGCGAUCUUGCGGAGCGGAUACGGACGGAUUUGAGAGCGCGGGGGAGCGAUGGGACGAGCGACCUGGUAAUCGAUGGUAGUGUGAGGGAGAGGUGGGGCGGGUUGCUGAAGAAUACUAGGUUCGAUGAUCCGAAGAUUGAGAAGGGGUAUUGGAACCCUGAAGCUAAGCUGGAUGGGCUGACGCUGGAGACGCCGUGGCCAGAAUGAUGGAGGAGGCCGUGAGUAGGGGUGUGAAGUACGAGUGCAGCGGUGUGCAGACUUUGGUAAUGGGUGAGAACGGCGUCAUGGGCUU